GUACAGAAAGAAACGUUGUCUUGCGUCUAAUAUUGGUCUAUUGGGGGAGACCACCUGAAACUACACCCUCGAGGGCCUACCCUCCAGAACCAUCUCAUGCUCGUAUUCGUAACGGUAGGUUCAACCAGGUUCGAUGCUCUUGUAGAGGCCGCUAUAUCCGAACCUGUCCUCAGCACACUUCGUGACUCUGGGUACAAUCGCCUCAUUCUUCAGCGCGGUGAUUCCGACAUUAAAUCAGAAGAGUUCGAUGGAGAGAGUUGUACAAUACAGCGACACGGUGUGGAUAUAGAUAUAUGGAAGUUCAAGCCUUCCAUUCAGGCUGAGUGCGAGCAAGCGAACCUCGUCAUCAGCCAUGCUGGAUCGGGGACGAUUCUUGAUGUCCUGAGGUUAGGAAAGCCACUCAUUGUCGUACCCAAUCCGACCCUCUUGGACAACCACCAAGAAGAGUUAGCCUCUGCCCUUGACACCCUGGGUCACCUCAAGGCGACGUCAAUUCAAGACCUCGCAUCAACAAUCUCAUCAUUUGAACCUCGCGAUCUAGUUCUGUUUCCUCCCUUCGACGGGAGUAAAUUCUCUAAGCUGGUGGAUGAGGAAAUGGGGUUCAUCUAAUGCUAUAUGAAGAGGUGUUGGGUUCAUGUUGAUGAGGAAGUGGAUACUGCACUCAGUACUUGUUGGGUCAUGCCUGUUCUUUUCCGAUA